AUGGCCACCGAGAAACACACGAGCUUGCUGGAAGCUCUCGAGAGAGUCUGCAAUGUAGACGUAGACGCGAUCGAUCCGAAGGUAUCUACCAAAAUGCCGUUCAAACCCCACAACCAAACAUCGAACCAGGUCAUUUGCUGCAACACCAUGCUCCAGCCAGAGUACCGUGACAUCUUCUUGGAAAACGUCAAGAGAUACGGAUCCCAGGGGUGGGAAGAAGUGUUCAACCGCAUUUCAGUCCAGUUCUGCGCAGACAACCGAAAGAACAUCACCGGCCGCGUUCUCGUGCAAGUAUCACCUAGUCACGUUCACGACAAGCAGCAGGUCUUGGAUCAGUGCCAUGCGUAUGACCGAGCCUUCAAAGACCACGGCAUCACGCGUGAUCAAUAUGCGAUCAAGAUCGCAUCGACAGGACCCGGCCUAGCUGCUGCCAAGAUUCUGAAUGAGGAAGGAAUCAGAACUUUGGGAACCUCGCUGUUUAGCCUUCCGCAGGCUAUCGCGGCGAGCCAAGCGGGAUGCCUUUUUGUGAGCCCGUAUCUCAAUGAGGUGGCCGCUUACGAAAAUGACUCUUUGAUGCACAAGGGAGCUGAUCCCGCUCUGACUCACCCGAUGGCUCCUCGGUUAGUCCAUAUUCUCGAGACUUACGCCCAGAUGUACCAAACGACGGGGAAGGACCAGCCUCUCAUCGUUAUUGCGAGCAACGCCAAUGUUGGCGAGAUUAUUGCUGCCGCCGAAUUGGGUUGCCAACACAUCACAAUCCUCGCCCAUCAUCUAGAAGAACUUCAGAACGCGACCGUCGACGAUGCUACACUAUCAAGAUACCCCUUCUUGAAAGAUCCUUCUCCCAAGAAGCAGGCCCCGUACUACAAGGACUUCAAGACAAGAGACAGACUCCAAGGACAUAUGAAGAUUGAUCCUUUGGUGGGGCCCGCAUGGGACGGCAAAUUCGCCAGCGCUGAGACAGAUUGGCUGGCGAACGAUGGUGAGGCGCUUUCGAAGGCAAUUGAAGCCGAUCCAGCCGUCGUGAAGAAGUUGAAGGAUGUUUUCAAGGCGUUCGGAGACGCGGAUGUGAAGGCUAAGGCCGCCAUCGAGAGCGAGAUUGCCAGCAUGAAGGGCUGA